AUGCAGGACGAGUUCCAUCCGUUCAUAGAGGCCCUGAUGCCAUUUGUAAAGUCCUUUUCGUAUACUUGGUUCAAUUUACAAGCGGCCAAACGGAAAUAUUACAAGAAACACGAAAAACGGAUGAGUCUCGAGGAGGAACGCCAUACUAAAUAUGAAUUACAGAACGAAAAAGCAGAAGUGAAACAAAAAUGGGCAUCGCGGCUGCUGGGCAAGCUGCGGAAGGACAUAACACAAGACUGCCGGGAAGACUUUGUGCUGAGCAUCACGGGGAAGAGACCGGCUGUUUGUGUACUCUCCAAUCCAGACCAGAAGGGCAAGAUGAGGAGGAUAGAUUGUCUCAGGCAGGCCGAUAAAGUAUGGCGCUUAGACCUGGUAAUGGUAAUUUUAUUCAAGGCUAUCCCCUUGGAGAGUACAGAUGGGGAGCGGCUGGAGAAGCACCCAGAAUGCACGCAGCCAGGCCUCUGCGUGAACCCGUACCACAUCAACGUGUCUGUUCGGGAGCUGGACCUGUACCUUGCGAACUUUAUUAACAGCUAUGAUAUACUUAGCGGUUCUCUCUCACCUCACACUCCUAGAGACAAAGAGAACGAACACGAGGCUAAGAGCAAAGGCUAUAGUCACAAUCCAUACAACGGUGUAAUAUGCAACGAUAUUAUUUUAGCGACCGGUGUCUUCUCGUCCAAGGAGCUCUGGAAGUUGUCUAAAGCUUCUAUUCUCCAAGAGACUGGGUCGGAGUCGCCGAGCGGUUCAGGAGGUGGUAUUAAGCUGGAGUCAGGAUACUACUGCGGGUACAACAGUCCAGCGCCACCAGCCUUCGAGCCUCCUCCUGAAAGGGCUACACCAUCUGCCAUGCUUGUUGGACAGUGUUACAGUAUUCCCCACAGCUCGGCGGGUUUAAGCUCAGCUCAGAGCCCCCUCGUACCAUCGAACACCAUCUUCUACCAGCACGCACCACCACCCACGGACACGCAUCCCACCAGUGAGUGUGACGCAUCAGAAGCCUUGACUAGUCAGCACAACAGCGGGAAGUACGACAACGCGCCCCAAGACUCCCUCGGAGACUUUGUCACCUUCGUCUGCCAAGAUCCUUCAGACGUCCAACAGCUACAGGUUCACAGUUUAUCCCGAAGUCCAAAGCCUCCGUACUUUAGCAGCUCGAUGUUACCGCCUCCUCCGCUCCCACCGAUGGCCAGACCCGUGGCCAUCAUCAGGUCUACAGCGAGCGAGCUGGUGGGCGGGUCGGUGUCGGCGAGCGGCGGCGGCUCGCCCUCGUCGCCGGAGGUGCGCUCGCCGCCCGCGUCGCCGCGCCGCCGCAGCCCGCACUACCGCACCGACUGCCCCCCGCCCCUCACGCACUUCAACCACUUCCAUCCGCAGCAACAGGUAUUCAGCUACGCCAGUUCUCUAAGUGGCGUGGGGCUGGGAGGUGCGGGAGGAGGUGGCGCUGUGUUGGCGGGGGCGGGGGGAGUAUCACCACCUGGUGGUCUUGGCUUGUAUGCUCCCAGAGCACCACCAAGGGCAGCACCCAGAUGGAACGCACCAUUCCCUACUUUGGAAGAGGAGUUCAACAUUAUGACGGCGCCUCCCGGACCUGACCACGUCGUCCUAUUGGAUGAUGUCUACCAAUUCAACUCGACAGAGCGCUUCUUCCAAUCUUCCGUGAUAACCUCCGAGGCGACGGCGAUGGACACGACCGGGUCGAGCGUGGGGCCCGUCGUCGACCACACGGACGACAUCGCCCCGGAUAAACCGGCUCCGGACCUACGAUCACCGUGA